GGAGAUGCACCAAUUCUCAUGCUUGUCUCAAGAAAUCAUGUGAAGUUCUGUGGUUGUUUUAUCUAGCUGUUGAAUAUAUAGAUAGUAUGUUCGUCUGUAUAUUGCUAGGGUUAUGUAGUUAAGUUAUUUCAAUGUUUUGCUCAUUACUCAUCUGACUGAUUUUUACUGUGUGUGUAUCCAAAGCUGCGUGCUGUCAUUGGGCAGUCAGUGAGGAGGUCAGUUGAUGAGUCCCGCUGCUUUAAUUUCAGGAUGUCUGACUUUGGCACAGAAUCAAAUCCCUCCACAGAGACUUAUAAGCAGGGAUCAGGAGAAGGUGCUUUUAAAAAACGACUCGGUAUUGUUGCAACUUGUGUCGUCGGAGGGUCAUUGGUCGCUCUCUAUGCAGUGACUGGACCGUUUGUUGCACCAGCACUGAGGAAAGUUUGUCUCCCGUUUGUACCUGCAACAACGACUCAAAUUAAAAACGUGCUUAAUGUUUUGAAAACUAGAUCAGGGUCUCUGGUAGAUAUCGGCAGCGGAGAUGGACGGAUAGUUAUUGCUGCAGCAAAAAGCGGAUUUAAGGCGGUUGGCUUUGAGCUGAACCCUUGGCUGGUUUGGUACUCCCGUUACAAAGCCUGGAGGGAAGGUGUUCAUCACAACACAUCUUUUUAUAUUUCUGAUCUUUGGAAGGUCAGUUUUUCAGAGUACUCCAAUGUGGUCAUCUUUGGGGUUCCUCAAAUGAUGGAGCAGCUUGAAGUCAAACUCCAAACAGAGCUCCAGAGUUCAGCCAAAGUAGUAGCUUGUCGUUUUCCAUUUCCUACUUGGACUCCUGAUGACGUUGCUGGAGAGGGAAUUGAUACUGUUUGGGUUUAUAAUGCCAAGACAUUCAAACCCCCCAUCAGAAAUGAUAAAGACAGUGAAAGACAAGAACUAGCGACAAACUAGGAAAACUAGUUCUUUAAAGAAACGUUUCUUUCUUUACAAUAUUGACAAACAUUUUAUCUCUCACAUUUAAACUUGAAAAAUGUAGUCUGCUUUGGCUGCCUUAUGUUGCUAAUUAAAUAACUGUUGUUUUAGUAAAGAAAAUAAGAAUCUGUUUGUUUUUCUGCGUGUGACAUAUUUUUUUGGAUUUUUUUUCUUAUGAUCCUGAUAAGAAUAUUUUAUAUUCUUGUAUAAAGCAUCUUCUAUUUAUUUAUAUUUAUUAAAUAAAAGCACAUCUUUAGUACUCAGAGGAAAGAAUAUAUGUCAU